AUGUUGCGCAAAUUAUAUGAUGAAGAACAAAUAAAGGAAGAUAAAUUUGAAGAAGAGGAGGAAGAAGAUUCCGGUCCCAUCUACGACACCGAUGGAGAAGGGGAAUUUUGUGAAAGAAUAAAUUUCUUGGUUGAAGAGGAAUUUAUUGAAGAAAUUGAAGAAGAAACUAAUUCCGUGAUCGGAGAUGAAUUUGUUGAAGCAAUUGUGGAAGAAAUCAAUUUUGUUGAUAUGGACAGAAUUGUUGAAGAAAUUGUGAUUUUUGUUGAACAACAAAUUUCAUUCCAAGAGCUUACAACCACGAGAACAAAUGACUAUAAGUGUCACAAAAAUUCAAGUUCUCAUAUCUUUUAUGAACAUAAUUUCUUUUCUAAAGAUCUUAAAGAAAUCCAAAUUGGAAGCUUCAUUGAUCAAGAAGGUUUAUUCGUUUUUCAUCUUCAUUUUCGUUUCAAAGUGUGGGAGAUUUUUACACUUUGGAGGCCAUGGAAUGCUUAUAUUUUGCAUUUUGAAGGCCUUGAGAUGGAGACUUUUCAUUCGUGGCUCAAAAACAGCACGACCAAUUAUUUUUGGAUGAUGGCAGAAUUUUGUACCCUUCAAAAGACAUUAUGA